AAUUAACUUAAACUUUACGUUAAGACUUCGCUAACACUUCCUCUUCACAAAAUAUUUCGACUUAAUUUCUUGUUAAUGAGGAAAGUUUGAUGAUUGUUCGCGCGCGGGGUUGAUGGACAUUAACAUUAGAUUAUAAUCGGAGUGUAAUUGUGAAAUAUAAAUGUGUUCUCGGAUUGUUUGAUGGUUUUGUUUGGAGCCCAUUAUUAAAGUCUCAUCUCUGACUCAUUUUGUUCUUAUUAUGAAACUUUAAUUUGGGAGGCGCUUAUUCAACUCGACAGCCGUCAAACACGGAAUCACUUUAACAUUGAGGAGAAACUGAAUUUUAUUCAGGACGAACUUUGAUUCACAUCCGUCAGUGAAGAAGCGUCUGUAGAUCCGUCAGCGCAGCAGGUGGGCAGUAGUUAUGAUCCCUGUGAACGAGUUUCGCAGCAUCACCUCAGUUCAAAACCCUCAGUUCAGAGUCCUGAAGCCCUGGUGGGAUGUGUUGUCUGAAUAUCUGGCCAUUGCCAUGCUAAUGAUCGGAGUGUUUGGCUGCACGCUUCAGCUGACACAGGACAAGAUUUCCUGCCUGCCGAACCGAGUCACAGAUGCUUCCAGAGAAGAUGUGGACUGCAGUCACCUACAAAAGAACAAUGAGAGUCUGUUGAGUCUUACCAUCGUCGAGGCGUUCGGUAGAAAAAAUGGUCUCGAUAUCCGCCAGUAUGAGUUUGUCAACCACUUCUGUUAUGAACGUUCUGUACACUGGUAUGGCAAGUACUUCCCUUACCUGGUGGUCAUCCACAGCAUGAUCUUUAUGGUGGCCAGCAGCUUCUGGUUUAAGUUCCCAGGGACGUCGUCUAAGAUCGAGUUGUUUGUAAACAUUUUAGAGAAAUGCUUUGACUCACCGUGGACCACAAGGGCCAUCAGUGAAGUGUCUGAAGAAAGAAGGGAAGACACGAUGGCAAUCUGGAGAAAAAAUACUAUGACAAAAUCUGUAACGGACGACGACACGGUUGCUCUUUUACGAUCUUCUGUCGAUUCCGACUCGAAUCAAAAAUUAGCAGAACUGCAGCCUCCUGUGUCCUUGUUGGAUAAGAAAGAGGGUGAGCAGGCCAAGGCCCUGUUUGAAAAGGUUAAGAAGUUUCGAACGCAUGUUGAGGAGGCAGAUCUUCUUUAUCUCAUGUAUGUCCUACAAACUGUACUAAAAGUCUUCAAAUUUCUUCUCAUCACCGUUUAUAGCAUUGCGAUGGUUUCAAACAUCCAGGUUGUUGUGGUGUGCACGGUGCCUCCAGAUCUGACAGGGUUUGGUUCUUUCUGCUGCAGCUAUAAUAAAGCUCGUCUGUUCUCUAAAUCAGCAUAUUGUUAUAUAUGCUUUGUUUGCGUGUAUGGAUUGUCAUGUGUCUAUUCGCUUUGUUGGCUGUUUUAUCGACCGUUGAAAGAAUACUCGUUUGAGACUGUUCGCUUGGAGUCGGGAAUCGAUGACAUCCCAGAUGUUAAAAAUGAUUUUGCCUUUCUUCUGCAUCUCAGUGACCAGUAUGAUGCCCUUUACUCCAAACGAUUUGCAGCCUUCCUCUCGGAAGUGAGCGAGAGCAGGCUGAGGCAGGUAAACCUUAACCACGAGUGGACGACAGAUAAACUCCGCACACGUUUGUUGCGCAACGCGAGUGAAAGGUUGGAACUCUGCUUGUUUCUGCUACCAGGAUUGCCAGACACCGUCUUUGAAAUUCCAGAAGUUGAAUCACUUAAGCUGGAACUGGUAAGCAACGUUACGAUCCCUGGAAAUGUAAGACAACUUACAGCCUUGCGUGAGAUUUCGUGUAUCCACACCCCCGCUAAACUCCAGCCAGCUGCCCUCAGUCAUCUGUGUGAGAACCUGAAAGUUCUGCGUCUAACCUUUGACAGUCAGGACAAAGUACCGCUGUGGAUGUACACUUUAAAGAACCUGGAGGAGCUUCACCUGAGCGGCCCCCUAAACAACGAGCUCUCUCGGAGUCCGAUCUUGGGCACUUUACGCGAACUCAAAAAUCUUCGUGUGCUGACGUUAAGUUGUCAGCUGACCAAGACACCUCCCAGUAUUGUAGAUGUUUCUAGCCAGCUGCUGCGACUGUGUGUUCACAAUGAGGGAACCAGGCUUCAAGUUUUCAGCUCUCUAAAGAAAUUGGUUAAUCUUGUCGCUCUGGAGCUGAGGGGCUGUAUGCUUGAGCGAAUUCCCAGUGCGGUGUUUAGCCUCUCACAUCUACAAGAGCUGGACCUGAAAGAGAACAGGCUCACCACCAUAGAAGAAAUUCUGAGUCUGCAGCACUGUUGUCAUCUGAUUACCCUCAGACUCUGGCACAAUGACAUUUCUUACAUUCCUGACCACAUCGGCAAACUCAGCACACUGGAGACGCUGGAUAUUAGCUGGAAUAAGGUCCGCCGACUUCCACCUCGCCUCUGCUACUGCACUAAACUCCAACAUCUGGACCUUUCACACAAUCGGCUGACCUCCCUUCCCUCGGAGAUUGGAAUCCUGCAGUCUCUACGGCACCUGUCUGUCGCCUUUAACUCCCUAGAGUCUCUCCCUGAAGAGCUCUUUUCCUGUAAGAGGCUAAAGGUUCUAGCAUUGGGAAAUAACAGCGUUUCUGCGUUGUCCCCGCGGGUUGGGAAUCUUACUCAGCUGCUGAGGCUGGAGCUGAAAGGGAACAGGCUUGAAUUGUUGCCGGCUGAGAUUGGUGACUGUAUCUCACUGAAACUGUCUGCUCUUAUAGUAGAGGACAGCUUGAUUGACCUGCUGCCUCCUGAUGUGAAAGACAAAAUGAAAAACCGAUAAUUCCAAUCCCAACCCUUUAAUGGUUGAUUACAACCAAUGCUUACUGUAACGCAUCCAUCAAUGUUUGUACUUUUACGAAAAAAAAUUGAUUGACGUCUUUAAAGUUGCCAUGAAACGGAAGUAGCAAUUGCCUUAUUUUCCCCGUGGUGAUGUAUAUCCGAAUGAAACGGCUUCUGAAAUUAAAUAAGGCAGGGCUGGAUUUGAAUUUGUCCAUCGAGAUCUGAUUGGAUCGUUUGAAGUUGGGUCGUGUUGCUAAUUGCUAAUCGCUGCGAUCUUCUCCCGGACCCCGCCCACCUGCCAUACUUAUGACCGGAAGUAAAGAGAGAUCGUUUUGAGGAGGGGAGGAGAUUUGCAUUUUUGAUUUUAAGAUUAUGAGCACACACAAUUUUUUUUAAAAUAAUGAAGCUCACAGAUAAGUCAUUUGUUAAUAAUUCCACAAUAUAAAAAAAAUAUAUAUAGUUUUUCAUUUAAAUUUUAUUGCGACUUUAAAAUAAACCAAUGCACCUGUUGAUGAGUAGUGAAUGAUGUAGACAGAUUUCAGUUACUGUAAGUCUGAUCUUAGGCAGUCAUUCUUUGUACAGUAUGAAGCAUUGAACUCUCACCUGACAGACUAGAUAAACCAGAUCAACACUUUUUCACUUUAUAAAUGAAAGGCAAGGCAAUGUCCUAUAGUAUCAUGAGUGUUACAAAUUCUUCUCAUUCGUGUCUUAAAGAGUCAGUAUUUUUUCAGCAUACUAACAUUAUCUACUCAUUGACAUUCAUUGAAGCAGAACUGUGCUGGUCAUUCUGUUGGCUUGUAACACCGUAGGUUUUGGUUGAGAACAAACUGAACUAAGUUGGUGUUUACAAAUUACCAGUAUUCACAUUUAUUAAAGAAAACUUAAGGUCAGAUUUGAAAGAUGUUAAAGGUUUUAAAAAUGGUAUGUGGGAUAUAGGAGUAGAUUUAAAGCUAGAUAACGAUUUUUUUAAAGGUAAAGACACUGAAAAGUGAAUCGGGUAAAUUUAGAAAAGGUCUGUUUUCAGUUGUUUUUUGAAGUUUAUGGUGGACUGUGCAGUUCAGGUGGAAGCUGACAAUUUAUUGUAGCAGAGAGGAACAGAAUGGGUCAACGUUUAGUAAUUUGGUUCUUCUUUGAGAUAGGUGUUGCUCAAUUCAGGCACUGCUCGUCUGUAUGGGCAAGUGGGGCAGUCCCCCACCAAAAUAUUAAUCCACUUGAAAAUAUAGAACUCUAUGGGGGGGGUUCCCGGACAGGGAUUAGACUAGUCCCAGACUUAAACACUUUUAAGAGCUCUCCAAACUGAAAACAACUUGCACUGACAUAUCUUAAAAUACAUCAGUGCCCUUUGUUUUACCUCAAAAUGCACACAGGUAAUAUUUUUAGUAAGGCAUGUUUGUUAAAACUAUUUAUAUUUCCUAAUUAAACUAAGGCCUAGUCCUGGAUUAAGCUAAUCCUGGUCCGGGAAACCGCCCAUUAUAAACUUAAUUAAAUCUAAACAGCUAACUAGUAAAUAUGUCUAAUAUUUUUCAAACAAAUAUUUAAAGAGUUUCUAGACUAUUUGAAGUGGUAAAGUGAGAUGAAUAUGUUUGGAAAUUGAGCGCAUGGCUCGGUUGGCUCCUGUAUGUAAGUUCGAGCUGAGGGGGCUGAGGCUGUCUCUGCCCUCCUGUGCUCAGCAGCGCCCCACAUUUUUUCCAUGUAAAUUUGUGGUGAAAAAUUGAAAUGCAGCAAACUCUAAUUGAAAGCCAUAUGGCUCUAGCUUUUACAUUCCGCGUAAGCAAAGUGCAUGUCGUUGUCUGCUGCGUGUACGGCUAAUUCUUCAGGUUGUGAUAGUCUACAUAAUAGUGUAGAGUUUUUAUUACAGAAUUUGAAGAUUGUCAGUUAAUGAGAAAAUGUACAUUAAACAACUUUGGUCUGACAAGCCAGAUAGAAAAAUUGUGCAACGCCCAAUGGUAAGUUGUUCAAUAGGGCAUUUUAAAGGUUGUGGGAUGACAAAGCUUUGGCUGUCUGGUUGUACUAAACGGAAUAAAGUGUUUUAUUCACCAUGCCUACUUUCACUUUUUAAGCACUAAGCUAAAAGGUUAAAACCAAAUAAUCCACAUUAUAGGGCAUAUACACCAAACGCAAUUUCAAUGAUUUGCACAAGUAGAUUACAUACAAAGUCAAUGCAGGGAUGAGAAUAGUCGCAAACUUGCGCGGGAAAAACAUGCUAUCCACCUUUUGCACAAGUUAAAAGUAUUGAGAUCAGAAGGGGUGUGACGUGGAAUGAAAACAAGAGGGGUGUUACAGAGUGAGAUCAGAAGGGGUGUGACAGAGUGAGAUCAAGAGGGGUGUGACAAAGUGAUAUCAGAAGGUGUGUGAUGUGGAAUAAGAUCAGAAGAAAAUGAAAUGUCUGAUAACCCUUACCUUACCUUAACCCACACUGACACAGGAAAAACAUACAAACUCUUAUUGAACAUGUCGCAGCUAGUGCGCAUGUCUUGAAACAGCAGUUCUUUUUCCAAAAUAAAAGUUCCUUUAACCAGCUUUAAUUGUCCAAAAAUUGUAAUCGAUCAAAUUAGUUCAAAUUCUGGAAAAGGGUUGAAAACAAAUUGACAAGCUUUACAGCUUAUUAAAAAAUUGUAUAAAAUCUCAAUUUAGUAUUUGACCAUUAAUUAAUAAAUUAUGUGUUUGUUG